AUGGCCUCAAAAGAAAAUGUGCCACCAGUAUCUACAAGGAAGAGCAAACUACCAGUACCAACCAGCCAACUGAAGUCUGGCGCAUCACAAAGAGGAAUCAAACGAGACCUCUCUCCUUCCUCUGGACCAAGUGCUGUGAAGAGAUCUCCAAUUGGGGCGCACAGGAGAGUACUUGGGGAACUUCCUAAUGACCAGAGGCAGAUAGUUAAAGCUCAUCAUAACCUGAAGAGGGCAGUUUCAGGAACAGGCAGCAAGGCCAGAAAGAAGGUUGCUUUUGAAACAAGUUCGAAGACACGGAAACCUAUUUUGAAAGAGGCUAGGAAGCAGACAGCGAAAGGGAAAAAUGUUUUGGAUGAACAGAAAGGCGUUCACUUUGAAAGAGAUGACGCUGCACUCGCCAGUAUAAUGAAUGAGACGGGAAUAGUCCUUCCGCAGAAUAAUUCAGUUCCCGUGACCAGGCACACCCUGGCCGCCACUCCCAGGUCUAAGGGUAGUAGCAUUGCUCCCGCAGGACGAGUGCCAAUACAGGAUUUCCAGCGAACAUGUGACGAUUUCCUGCAGAGAAAUGCCCCGCCUGCGAGUAAAAAACCUCGCCUUAAUGAUGCAGGGAAAAGUGACUUUAACCUGCAGCCUUUAACUCCAUCGAAGACGGACUUCUGUUCCAAGUUUGGGGUCCAGAUAAAUGAACUGUUCAAACAAGGUCCAGCCUCCAUUGGGCGUCAAAGCCUCCCAGCCAGUAGACAUCUCUCCAACACCAUUUCCAACCCCUUUGCUGUCCCCUCAAGGCCCAGUCUUGUUUCCCAGGGGCCUGCUAGGGUCCAGAGGGAAUUAUCAAUCCCUGAAACUCCUAAAAACCCUUUUGACAUACCUGCAGGAGCAGGAAGGAAAUUUUCGACUUCCAACACUGCUACUUUUGGACGAGAAAGUUUAAACAAUGGUAAUGGUCAGAACUCGGCUAGUUUCAAAAGGUUCAGCUUAGCUGGAAGAACACCUCUAAAUGGGUGUGGGGAUAGUUUUGGAGCAGGAAGGGUGAGUUUGUCAGCAGUUACUCCACAAAGAGUUCUGAUUAGCAAAAAUGAUGGAGAUGCAAUCACUUCAAGCACUGUACCGAUUGGGAGAUUUAGCCUGGCUGCCUCAACACCCAUGCGCAUAUUAAAGGAAGUUAAAGAAGAUGAUAUCAGUGGGUCUGAUUCAGUAUUUAGAAGUCACUCGAAACCUCCCCCUUUUUCUGUUGGGCGUUUCAGCGUUUCCGCUCAAACCCCUCAGCGUGUGUUAAAAAACAAAAGAGACAACAAAGAUAAAUUUGAAAGCAUUGGUGAUGGUUCAGUAUUCGAAAAAAGUAUUAUUAAUAGUACUGAUAAGAGGAAAACUCCAGGGAUCUCUGUGGGUAGGUUCAGUCUAGCAGCCCAAACACCGCAGAGGAUUUUAAAGACAGACAAAAAUGGGGGAAAGCAAAUUAAUGGUGACAAUACUGAUGUUGAUCCCUGUGCUAUGGGUAUGCAAUCUCUUGACAGUGAGGCACAAAGGAUCCCUGCAUUACAACAAUUUGGAGGAAGAGUGUCUAUCACAGGAAGACAAAGUUUCGCUUCCCAAACGCCAGGAAGAGUCCGGAAAGAGAUGAAAAAUGAGGACUUUGAUAGCGGCGCCAUUGCAAGGCAUGGAGGUGAUACCUGUGGUGAUAAUGUGGUUGAUGGUUCGAGUAUUUGCAGAACUGAUUUCCUUGGAAAUGUGGAGCUGUCCAUUGUCAAAGAGGAGCCUGUAGAUGUCCAGUCCAUUUCCCAAACUCCAAAGCAAAAGAACCCCAAGCUCCAGGCUUCCCACUUAGCUACCCCAAAUAUAUCCACCCCAGGGAGAGUACCCAAACAUUUGGCCCCUCAGAACCAAUCAAGUGGUACCCCAUCCACCCCUGCGGGAAGGGUACCUGUGGCUCCUAGAACACCCCAGUUCACUUCAGGAAGGGUUCCCAAGCAUCUGGCCCCUAAGGACCCCUCAACCCCUUUGACGCCAGCAGGUAGGGUCCCAGUGGAGCCCCGAACACCCAAGAUUACCCCGGACAGGGUUCCUCGACCCCCUUUUAUUGUGGACAAGAAGACACUGGCACAGAGGGUGCUGGUUACACCGAAAAUGUCAAAGACACUGAAAUCCACAACAGACACUAUGCCAGCAAGUGAUCCCUCCAACAAGGAGGAUAAGGAGAACUCAUGCCCCCGUAAGGCUGCACCUGGAUCAAGAAAACCACUGACCCCUAAUACCCCCAACACAGACAUUCGAAGUUUCUGGAAGACAAAGAAAACUCCUAACAAGUCACCAAUAAUCAAAGAAGUGCUGGACGAAGAUGAUGAAAUUACAGCGGAAGUCUCAGAUACAAGGGAGAUAGAUGAUGAGCAGGAGACUGUCUUCCUUGGUUUGAGGAGAAAGAAGAAGUUGACCUGGGCCGAUGCACUGGCGAAAAGUUGCAUUGAAAAUGAGGGGGAAAUGGAACAGGAUGCAUUUGCAGAGUGCAACAGUGUAGUACACCAAGAUGAGAUGCAGGACUAUUCUCCUAGGGAGAAAUCUACAUCAACACCUGAAAACACAUCCCAUAAUUCCAUUGUCUCUACCUCUUCCCAUAAUUCCUCAGUCUCAAUGCAACUUCCUGUCAGCAUUUUGGCUCCCAGCUCCAGCAAUGUAGUCGGCCAUGAUUUGCAGCCCAUAAAUGGGAACCAAUUUGGAAAAGAUUCAAAUUUACCUGGCUCCUCUUCGGAGAAAUGUGGCGUGACUCAGCUAGCCGGAUCGGCCAUGGUUGGGACUGACUCACAUGUGGUGAGUCAACAGAAUCUGGGCCAUGGAAGUCAGCAGACACAGCAGUCUGCAAACAAUGACAAUAACAACAAUAAUGAAGAAAUUCUCCGACUGCAAAUUGAACAAGCAACAGAAGAAAAAAUACUAUUGAGUCUUGAAGUUGCAAAACUAAAAGCACAGUUAGACACGCUGUCACAAAAUCAGAACUCUGAAAACACCGAACAUGGCAAUAGCACCUCUGAUAGGGAACCUUUGUUUGUAAGUUAUAAUACAACUGCAGGAGAUUUGAAUGCAAACGUUUCAAAUGGUGAAUAUGAACGUCAGUUUACUGCACCUAAAAUAUCCAUCACCUCUCAGGGAAAUAACCACAGGGACUUUAAUUCAAACAUGACUGUAAAUACCUAUAUUGAAAAUGCUUCAGAAGUAAGUGGACAGUUAACGGUGUGUCCAACUGGUUCCAGUCCUAUAAUGACUGGAUUUUCUACACCAAAAAGGCAAUACCCUACUGAAGAGGAUGAUAUUAACCUUACGCCGUACAUUUUAGCAAAUCCAAAGCAUUCAGAUCACACAAACAAUAAUGGACUUAACUCAGAUCAGCUAAUGUCGCAAUUUGCACAUGUUGAAAAUGUCCCUGAAAAAAGAACCAUUGAUUUUGAAGACAAAACACAACCAGAUAUUUAUUCAAAAACAAGUGUGCAAUAUGCUGAACCGCCUUUGUGGACACCACUGGCUAUGAAAACUGUGGCCAAGAGGUAUAAACAGGAUAACAGCUCUGGAACCAAUGACAUUCAUGGUGCAACUGGUGAAACUCAUGAAAAGAAUAUAUCAAAUAUUGAUGUUUCUAACACAGGUGGGCUGGUACCGCCUGAAAAAACACUUGGUCCUGCAACUGAGUCACAAGAAGAAAUUUUCCAAAAUGUUGUACAAAAAGAAAUGUCAGACUUCAAUACUGCAAAAGGUCUUAAGACGCCUCCCUCAACUAAAAGACAUUCCGCAUUUAGAACUAUUGCCAAUAAAACUGGGUUGUCACCUUCUGUUGGUGCUCUGUCCUUGAAAGCAAACACAGGGAAUAAAAAGUGUGGUGCAGUCCAAAAGCGCUUGGGGACAUCUUUGGUCAGUGCUGUUUUGCGAUUGGCUGAUGACAGGUACCUGGAGGCUUUAUUAGAUGACGAAGUUGAGUUGUACGCUUGCCGUCUUGUGCUGCCGAUUGUUGGAUCAGAUAGAUGCUGCAACCCCGUUAGCACAAUGCUCACAGACGGAGAUGAUAUGCAUUUCAUCCCCAUAGAGACAGAAAUCCAACCGUCUCCACCCAAUGGGACCAUCCAGGGGUCAGCUUUUAGCAAGGUCGUGAGCAAAAGGGCGUGUUGAAAUAUCACUUUCAGUUAGAGAUCGAGGUCACUGUAAGCAGAGGUCAAAGGUCACAAUCAGCUAGAGAUCAAGGUCACUGUAAGCAGAGGUCAAAGGUCACAAUCAGCUAGACAUCAAGAUCAUUGUAGCAUGAGCCGAGACCAAUGUCAACUAGGUCAAGUUCAUGUUGGCAAGAUGUGAAGGUGAUACCAGCGAGAGGUCAAAGUGAAUUUUACAUCAAUCUUGCAUAUCAACUAGGUACAAUUAAAGUGUAUUUUCAAGGUCACUUAUGCCAAGAUGCAAGAUGUGAAGGUUAUUCAAGUGAAAGGUCAAGGUCACUUAAAAUGAAUCAAAAUUAUAAGCAUUGAGAGAAAAAUUAGAAAUAUUAUGUGAACAUUAAUGCAAAAAUGUUAAUAUCAUAUUAAAUUAUUACAUGUGUUUACUAAAUGUUUUUUAACAAUAGUAAGGCUUAACAAAGAAGUUGUUUGUUUCCGUUUUUCCCCGAUCAACUUUUUUAACCUAAGUCUUGUAUUGCCAAUGCACACAUUAUUUGAAGCAAAAAUGUACAGUUUUUGUAGAUUACUAAAUCUUAGACAAAAUGGCAACAGUGUUAAGUGUGAAAAUAACAUUGUGACCCAGCUUUGGCAAUAAAAAAAUCUGACCUACUUACAGUAUUAUUUCUGGCAGUGAAAUAGGAAACAAGCAAUAUUUGUUUUGGCCUAACCACGUGGUCUUUACAUUUUUUAUAUAAUUACUAGCAUUAUAUGUUUAUGCAUAAUCUACAUGUAUAAAUUGUUCUUCGGAUGAUCCAAUGAAACUGUGUUUUUGAAGAUGAAAGGUCACCUUUUUGACCUGGAUUGUAUGGGAGUCAUUUGUUUAAUAAUGUUUUUUGAAAUAUGAGCUGUUUAUCAUGUUGCAUGUUUGUAAAUUUCUAUUUGAAACUAACAUAUUUCAUUACUGCAGUGUUAAUAAAGUUAGACAGAAGCGUUUCAAAAGAAAUUCAUUGAUGUUUUUGUGUCUUUAAGAUAUUAAUUGUAAAUUGCAGUUUCAUUCAUGAUGAUUCAAGUUCUUGUCAAAUAAUAACUGUGCUACAAUUUCUUAUCCAAUUUUGUGUUUGACAAAUGUGUUUUAUUUUAUUUAUUUUAUGACUGUAAUAUAUUUCUUUUUUGGUUGUUUUUUUUUUGUACCAAAAUGUGAGUGAUUUUUAUGUACAAACCAGUUUAUUGUAAUUUAUAUAAAAAUAAAUAUAUAAUAUAUUGGGGUUUGAAUGUAAAACUGUUAAAUUUCUGAAUUGAUGCAUUACUUAAAACAAAGUCUCGGCAUCAGACCCUAAAAUUAGUAUAACUUAAAAAUAAGUACCGUAUGAUUGUUUAUCUGCGUGUAUGUAUAAAAAAAAAGAUUUAAUUAAAGUGAGAAAAAAUAGAAAUAAAAUUCCAUAAAUUUAUCAAAAUAAAAGUUACUGUUAUAAAUGUUCAGUUCAGUUUCUGUUACAAUUUUAUUGUUUUAUGUUGUGUAGGAAUUUUUAGUUUCUGUUAGUCCUUAACAAUAAAACCACGAUUCUUUUUGAUGUUUGUUUUUUACACUUAAUGUUGGAUAUAUUGUUUUGGUUUCAUUUUAAUAUUUUCUUGUGGUAUUCAUUGGUUUUAAUAACUUUGGAACAUAUUUUUUUUAAUACUUAAUUAAUAGUUUUCAAACAUUUUUUGAGAGCAUUUCCAUUGUCACAUCUGCAAAGCACAAAUAACUCAAUUUUAUUAAAAAUCAUUUAAUUUUUCUUUCAACAUCGAUAUGAAGGAUUAGUUUUUGUCUCAUUUGCACCCUGUAGCAUUGUAAAUGUUAUUUUUUAUCAUCAGGAAAAAUGUUAAAGCUAAACAGUGUAUAAAAGCACUUAAAUGCGCUGUAUGGAAUUUAAAGUUAAAUUUAAUAGAAUAUAUACUAAUGCACAAAAAUGUGUAAAUUAGUUAUAAUUCUACUUAAACAGCUGUCAUAGAAAUUAGACUUACGAUGAACAAGCCAGUUUUUUGAUGCAGGGCUCGCUGGCAUGUGCUAAUUUUGACCAUCAGCAACAGAUAUUUUGUCAUGCAUCAUUGUCAGAACAUGGAUGCUCUAUAUACAUGUAUAUAAGUGUUGUAAGUAAAUCAUGCUUGAUUGCUCAUUUUCCAUACCUCAUGUUGAUACAAAUAGCAUUAUUACCUCACGAUUGGAUAAGUAAAAACUGUACAUUGAUUUCAUUUUGGGAGGUCCUUUUUUCAUGAUUUUUUUAAAAAUUGCUAGGGUUUUAAAAUUUUUGACACCAUUAUUUACAGGGAUAAGGUGGCAUAGAGGUGAAAUUUUUCGCUUUUGCCACAACUAACUUUCUUGUUUCCAGGGCUUGGUUAUCUUGUGGCCAAGACUAACAAACUGGUUUCAAGACUAACAAACUGGUUUCCACUACUUAGUACUUCAUGGGCAUGAUUUUAAGAUAACUAUAAUUUGUGGGAACAAAAUAGUAUUUAAUAUUAAAAUGUGGCAACUACAUAGUAAGCCAUGAGAGCGAGUAAGUAAGUCGUGGCCUUGAGAAAGAAAUGACAUGUUCACACAUGUCACCUAUAUGCCACUCUACAGGAGUGAUAACAUUCAGGAUAAUCCUGAAACAAGGGUUGAGAGCUAUACAAGUCAGAAAGCUGUAUUAUUAUCAAGACCUUUUUUGCUGGACUUUUGCAUUAUUAAUAGUAGGUAAGAAGUAAGUUGGAAUCAAUACAAUUGGCUUUGGGCCUGUUUCAAUAAGAUUUCUUCAAGUUUUAAACCUUAUGUUGCUAAACAUUGAUCAGGUAUUUUUAUUGAAAUGCAGUUUAUGACAAAACAAGGCUUUGCCUCAAAGUUUACAACUUUAAGCCUUAUGAUCUUUAUUGAUAGAAAACUAUUUUUCACAGUUCGGAUUUUCAGUCUGUUAUCAUCGCUUUGUAAUCAGUGGCCAACAUUGUUAAGUCAAUGAUUUUGCUUUUAAAAAGGUUUAAAAUUUGUGAAAAAAUCUCAUGAAUGAUAAACUCACAAAAUUUAAUCAAUGUACAGUAAAAGGGUUGAAUAUAUGGUAGUUUAUUUUUGUAUUUUUGCUUUAUAAUUGUGAGGUUGAGAAAUUGAAAUUGAAUUACAUAAAUAUGCUGCUGACGAAUUUAUCUGUUACUGUUAUCAUUUUUAACAAAACUGAAAAAUAAAAAUAAUAAAACUUUUUUUUUUAUGAUAUAUUUCAUUACUGUUUUUCUAAAACCUAAUUGUUAUUAUCAAAAUGUAUUAACUUAUUAUAAUAUUAUAAGAUAUUAAAGUUAUUUGGAUUCAGGUAUCUGAGGCUUUUUUUCUCCAAAAUUCAUGCAAUAAAAAAGAGUUGUUGUUUUUCUGCCAAGACCAUGUUAGAUUUGUUGAUUUGAAACUAGAAUGCGAUAAACUGCUGAAAAAUAGGAAACAAAUAAUUGUGUUUCUUUGGUUUUUAUAAAUGCCCUAUAUUUCCUAUGAAUAACUGGUCCAUAUUUGGUCAUAUAACACAUUUCACCAUGUCAGACAUGUUUAUAAGCGGGGUUCACACAUGUAUUGAACAAGAAUUGUUAAAAUGUUGUUAAACAUGAAAUGUUGUUGUGUUAACUCGAAUCCCAUUGGCUCGAAUUCCAUGGGACUGGCCAAAUUACUUUGAGCCUAGAUAAUAUAGAGCCAGGCAGGAAAGCUUUCAUAGAGUUGGAAAGUUUGAGCCAAUGAAGAAAUCAAGCCAGAUGAUAUCGAGCCAAUGGGUUUCGAUUGUUUUGAAAAAAAGAUGUUUGGUGAAUCUGUUUGUAUAUUUUUGAAAUAAUCUGUACAAAAAAGAUUUCUCAGGGUUGAUUUUGUUAAAAUGAAAUAGAUGUUCAAGAGUUUUGCAAAAAAUGUGGUUCAAAAUUGCCAUGCAUGCAAAAAUGUGGUUAAAAGGAAAAUAUAUGAAAGAAGAGAGUGACAUAAAUUAAUUAUCAAGAGAAGUGAGGAAAUAUAUGAUAGUUAAGACUGGAGCUACAAAGAUCAUACACCAGGGCCUUUGGCAUGUGUAUUUUUCAAUUAUGCGAGUUGGGGGAGAUGUAACUGUUUUAUACCAUUUUGUCAAGUACAGCAUUCAAUAAACAGCAUCAAUUAUAUUGGUAUAAGCAAAUUAACCUAAUUUAUUCGCAUGGUAGUUAUAGAAUGGCUACACCCAUUCUAUUUGUGACUGUUCAAAGACAAGAGUUCAUGUGUAGACCAAAAAGAAAGCCCUUUCAAACAUGUUACUAUUCAAUUUGUACAGUCAAACAUUUUUAUGAUGAACAAUGUAUCAUAUUGAAUAAGAAAGUCAUGUUUAUAUACAGUUGAGAAUGAAUGAAAUGCCUGGGCUGUCCUUAAAAUUGCUUAGAUAUGUGUGAAAACUAUUUGUUGCAUUCCUUGAAAUUUUUCGAAAGGCAAAAGGUACUCUUUUUAAUGAAAAAUAAGAUGUGUACAAACAAUAAAGUUAAGUUUGCAACACACGUUUUAAGUAUAUAGUUCAGUGUUUGUUUAUAUGCAUUUAUUUAUUUAAAUUUUGUAUGGUCCAGCUUCACUGGGAGUCCACUUUUAAUUGAUAUAUGUAUAGUAACAAACUAUAACAAGCUAAGUGUUCAAAUUAUGUUUUGUCUACUGGCCCAGCCUCUGUUUGAAUCAGCAGAUCUACUUGUUUUCAAUGUGUCAGAAGAUACUUUAUUUUGCCCCAAGACAUACGUAAGGCUAUUGCAAACUGAACUAUUUCAGGCUUUGUUUGACUAAAUUCUGUUCAAACUUGUGUCUACUAGUUCCUGUUUGGUGUAUGUUCAUAAAAGUAAAUAAAAUAACCCAAUUUCAACAAAACUUAAAAACUCUUUAAACCCUUACUAAAGAUUUUUUUAAAGCAAUUUACUGUUGACAUAAUGGUAUUCAUUCUCAUAUGAAAUGUAAUUCUUGUAUAAAUGGGUUAGGGUUAGUAUAAAUUGGUAUAAUUUAACAUGCAGAGAUCAUUUUUGUCAUCCCAAUUGGAUCAUCAUCAAGAACAUAGUUUGUUUAUGACUGUUUAUUAGAUUGUAUGAGAGUGAAAAACUUGCACUGAAGGCAAGUUCCAAUUCAGUUUUCCGCGAUCUCAUAGUACUAUAUUCCACAACCUCUUUUUGGUGUUGUAUUUUGUGAAAACCGGUUCUGACAAAACUCUCCUUUAAGUAGCAUACUUGAUUAUAAAUUUCAUCUUGUCUGUUUUUCGAAGGAAAAAAAGCCAGGCUUUAAUGGGCUUAGUAACUCUUACUGCUGUCAUUGUAGAUGGUGUUAUAUGAAAAAAGAAUCUAAGGUCAUAAAUAAAAAAUCAUUUAAAGAUAUACAAAUGAAACUUGGUACACAUGUAUUUAGAGGCAAAAAGCACAUGUUUAGCAAAGUGCAUAAUUCUUGCUGCAAAAAUCAUGUUGUUAUAUAUAUAUAUAUGAAAAAUCUGGUCUGACAUAAACUGUCACAAAAGCAGACUUAACUACAAAAACAUUUCUACAAUUGUGUAUGCCAACUUUUUUCAAGAACAUACUUGCUAUAGCCCCCCUCCUAAUGCUGUUUAGUUUUCGGCCAAGAACUGCAAGCUUUUAACCUGAAAGAUCUUUCAUUUAAUGUUUUGACAUCUAAUUUUGUAUUUGAAAGACACUACAAAUACAGUCUAUGAAUAUAAUAUAGUACAGUUAGUGAAAUUAAGACAAAUUUACAAUUCAAAUGAAACAACUUAUAGAAAGAUGGUGCCUAUUUUGACACUCACAGUGACAUCAUUGAGGUCAGGUCCAGUUUGUUUGCUGUUAUACUGUUCGAAAUAGAUGCGCCCACUUAGGGAUCUCUGUUUUAUUAUAAACUGUUGAAGGGUUAUAAUAAAAUAUUUAUUAAAAGUGAAGUAAAAAAGUGCUUUUUUUGCUUUGUUAAAUAUUACAUGGUCUACAAACUACUCUCAGGAGACUUCACAUUUUUUGUAGACCUGGCUCUCAAAAAAUAAGAAUACAGAAAUGGAUAUUUUAUUGUUAACUUCAAGACUUUGUCCUCUAAAGACCUAUUAAAUAAAUCAAAGCAGAAUUUGUUCCAAAAUAUAGCUUUACCCCAAGGUAGAAUUACAUAUAUUGCUAAGUGUAUAAGGUGUUGUAUAAUUUUGACAUGUACACCAUUGAUCGUUAGUCUUAUAUCUAGACAGUUCAUAUUGUCCAUUUUUUUCAAAUCAUAUUUUGACUUCUAAAUUAACUGUUAAUAAUUGAACCAUUAUUUCGGGCUGUUAUUUUUGACUUGACAAAAACAUUUGGCAAUAUAGUUUGAUAAUUAUAUACAUUAUAACUUCGUUUUCAAAAGGAUGGUGUUUAAUUUUUUAUUGAAAUUUUAUGUUCAUGUAAGGGAAGUUGUUAAUGAAAAAUAAUUAAGCUUGAUUUAAAAACAAUGAUAGAAAAGGCUGAAAGAUGCAAAACAUUUUUAGAUUCUCACUCUGGUCUAAAAUCCCUUGUCUGAACAGUAAACUAUGACGUUACAUUUUCUGAUUGCAUUUCUGCUUGUUGCAGUUCAAAAACACACCUUGUUCAUUAAAAAACCAAAAGGCAAACUUUGGUUUUUCCAAUAUGCUUUCUUGGUUAACACAUCUUCGUAAAUCAGAAAACAGCAUCAAAUUUAAAAUAGUUCAAAACUUUAAUGAUCGUGGAGAUUAUGUCCGGAGAAAAAAGGAAAACAUUAAAUACACACAUUUACAUUUAAAAUAAGGAUGAGAAUCUAAAAAUUAAUUCUCUGGGCUGGUAUUCAAUAUUGGUUUUAAUUGGAUCUAAGAACACUGUAGCUUAUCAGAUUACUUGUUAUUAAUAACUGACCAAUCGUGUGAAUGAAGUCAAUGAUGUAUAACCAUAAGAUUGACUUAAGUCACAUAUUGAAUACCACCCUGGCCUUAUUUAGGCUAAUACAAAAUAGAAGACUUAGUGUUUGUUGUAAAAGUUUUACAGUUGCCAUAGGCAUGUUUGCAUGUUCGUCGUCAAGUUUUACUGAGAACUCAUUUAUUUAUCGAUCAUUAAAUUGUUGUUAUCAAAAUCAUUAAAAUACAUAUUUUUAACAUAGUUUUUCUGGUGAUAAAUACAAAAUGAACAUAAUAGAGUACAAGUAUUUAUUUUUCUUGUAUUUCUAUGUCAUUUGCCUUAGCUAAGGACUGGAUAUAUGUCUUGCUUAAUAGCUGUGAUGAAGAUUGGUUGAAGAGUUGUUUCAUGUGGGUUAAAAAUUAUUUUGGCCUGCUGUAUUAUUGUGGGUAGGCCGGAUGUUUUCAACCUAUAAAACAACCAUGAGAUGAUCACUGUUUUUCCUACCAAAGUAUGAAGCAAUGUAAAUGCUACUAUUUGCAAGUGAACUCACAAAAGCAUACUUGUCAGUCACUAAAUAAAAUCCUGGUGAAAAAGUCAUUUUGCAACAAAGAAACAGUCAAUUUGUACUGCUCCAACGUGGUUUCAGCACUUCUAAGAGAUUCGUUUGUAACUGUGCCGUCAUAAUCAGUGUUAUUCCAAGCUACAAUUUGAUUGGUCAGUUGAUGUAAAAUUAUACCAAUUCAAACUGUAAAUUUAUGGAUGCCUUGCGGAAUAUGAGCCCACAUCUUUAGUAUUUAGUUCAUGGUGAUAGUCUAAGUAUAUGCCAAGCUCUGAUGACUGCGGUUUACCAACUGGCUAUAGAUGUAGCACUUGAUCUGAAUGGAAAUUCCAUCAUCUAUUGGCAAGACAUUUGUUCAGUCCCUGGUUACAUACAGAAGACCAAUUACAUACACUGGUGUUUUCUGGUGCUGCAUUGUACAAGGUGAUAUACAAUGUCCCACCAACUUUUACAUUCUACUUUGCUGUGUCAUUUCACUUUGUUUCAUUCUUUAAUUCAUGCUGUAUCAUUAAACAAUCUAAAUCAAUGUUGUUUAUUCUAUACAGUGUGCAUCAACAUUUUUACAUUCUAGAAGCAAUAUCUUUGGACAAUGUACAAAGUGAUGUAUCAUGUUGUUUUUUCUAUUAAGAGAAGAAUACCCAUACCCAUACUAAAUUCAAAUAUGGAAUUUUGGCAUGUAGAUGUUUGAAAUUUGAAAAAAAAGUGAAGAAAUUAACAGUACAUUUUAAGUAAUAAGUAAUGGAUAAAGUGAUCAAUUAUUCAAAUAUUAUUAUAUAUAAGCCAGCUGUGUGAGAAAUGCCUCCAACUUUUAAUAUUUGGCCAAAAUGAACUGAUUUUUUUUAUAAAUAUUCAUUUGGAAUUUAAAUUGGAUUUUUUUAUACUUUCUGGCAUUGGAAAUAGAGCCAAAUAGCAGCUAUAAAAACUGCUGAAAAAGCCAUGUGUAAAAUGGACUAACUUUAACAUUCUUUGCUUUAAUGAUAGCCUUUCGCUUUGCAAAAUGGUGAAAUACAUUAUCAACCAACAUAAUUAUUCAUUUUCACCAAUUCUCUACAUUCUUCACAAGAUAUUACAUACCCAUUAUUAAUCCCUGUUUGAAAACCCUCACAAAAUGCCCAUGACCCUACUGCACAGAGUGGAGUGGACUACCAUUCCAGUCAUUUCACAUCAUAGUCAUUGGAAAAAAGAGUAGCAAAUCUGAAGUUAUUCUCAGAAAUAUAUGAUAGCAGGUCAGCUUAUUUUCAUAGCCAUAAAACACCACCAUCUUCGUAAAGUUUCUAUUAGAAAUAACUUUCUUCUAACCUUCUUUAGACGUGAUCUUUUUUUUAAUAUACAUUUAUUAAAACAACACGAGUAAAUCGGCAAUGCUACCUACAUUUCAGCAAUAUAAAUCGGUUUCUUUAAUCUGUAUUCCCUUUCUAAAAAUCUACAAGAAUGUCAGUGUGUGCAAAACCAUCUCAAAUACUAUUGAGAUAUGAUAUUUUUGACUUAUUGUUAACUUAAAAACGAGGUGUAUAGUAUUUGACUGAAUAUUCUGCAACAUUGCAGAACAAUUCUUAACAAUUGCUUAAAUGUAUAAGUAUUUUCCUGAAAACUCAAAAUAAGUUUCUCUAUCACUGUUCUGAAAUUAUAUAAAAUUUAUUUCAUUAGAUGGGUUUCCUGUUUACCCUGUUUAAAAAAUCUGUUAAAUUAUGCAUUUAAGAUAAAUAAUGGUUUCGUCUUGAGAUUUCCAUUUGCAAUUUAAUGAUCUGAGAAAUUAUUUUCCUUAUUAUUGUGCAUGUUUCGAGACAUAAAAUGCCUUAAGUAAGGCUAGUCGUGGUGUUAAUAUCUUUUGUUCACCAACUAUUCUGUUUUUGUGAUAUAUAAAUCUUGAUGCAUGUAAUAUUUCUGUACAAAGGUGGCUCUGUGUAGUGGGAAAGACAGUUUACUGUGUGAUUUAACAUCUAUGAUCAGGGCGAAAGCAAAAAGGUUCUAAUUGACAUCAAAUAAAGAACCUUUUCGUGUUAACCCUUCACAUUGCUACUAUGUUAUAUAAUGGUUACUUUUUUUCUCAGUAAAGUUGACAAUUGUAUUAUGUUUUUACCAUCAGCAAUAAAAUCCUCAUGUUUUCA